UGGAAAUGUUUGUUUCCCGAAGUCUAUCAUCCAUUUGUGUUCACACCAUUGUUCUUUGCUAAUUCAGUUUAUGACAGUUGGCAGCGGGAAUAUGAACUGGGUAUUGCCUGUUUGGCUGUAUCUUGUCCAAGUGAACAUGUCCGGGAUGUGCAUAACCUGAAAGAUGUUGUUUUAGGUCUGGCACAAAACAUCACUCGUUCCAAAAAGAAUGGUUUAUUUUUGACGGUGUGUCCAUUUCAUGUCUUGCUUGUGAAACCGUGGUUUUCAGAACCUGUUGUAGGUACGCCAACACUUCAGAGUUCUGUGGCUGCCUGGCUGCAGCAUGAUAAACAGCAGUCUCUGGUUAAGUCUCUGCCAGAUUUAGAGUCAGCAUUGGAAGUUUGCCAACGAUUUCUUAACUAA